AUUUAUUUAUUUAAAAAAAUUAAUUUAGAAAUUUAAUAAUAAUAAAUAAAAAAUCAUUAAAAAAAUUAAAAAGUUUCUUGUUUCAAUGAUAAAAAUUAAAAAAUUAAAAAUUGAUUAAAAAAUGAUUUUAUUGCGAUGUCAUAAAUCAUAUAAAAUUUGCAAUUUGAUAUUUUUAUCUAUUAUUAAUAUAUAUAGUAGUACUAUAUAAGAUGUUACAAACUGUGUUCAUUUAAAACCAUUGUAAAUAUUAAUUUGCUUUUUUAUUAAAUUAUUAUUUUGAAUAAAAUCAUAUUAGAUAAAUGAUACAUUGCAAAUGAUAUAUACAACCAAUUAUAAUUCUUUAAUUAGAUAUGGCUAAGUUUAAUAUCAAUUAUCCAAAUAAAAAAAAAAAAUUCUGCUUCAAAAAAAAUUUAACUAUGUUUAUUGUCCCAGGAAUCUUUGUAUUGUUCAAAUUUUUAUUAUCAAAUAUAUUUAAUUAUUCUAUUUAAUUAAAAAAAAAGCAAAUUAAUAUCUGUAAUAGUUUCAAAGAAACAGUUUAUAAUUUUAUGUUUAUCCAAAACUUAUGAAAAAAAAUUUUAAAGUAAUUUUGUAAAAAAAAAUUAAAUAAUUAUUUUUGACAUGCAUUAAUAUUAUUCUAUAAUCAUUUACACAUUUUAAAUUAAUAUAAUACAAUACAAUAAAAAUAUAAUAUUAUAAAUGGAAACAAUAUAAUUAUUUUUAUGUAAUAAAUUAUAUACAGGUACGACAAAGUUUGUAAAAUAAAUAUAAAGUUAAAGAUUUCUACAAAUUAACAUAAUUUUGUAAAUAAUUCUUUUUAUAAAAAUCUAUUUAUUUUAUCUGUAAUCUUUCAAAUAUAAUAAAUAAUUUUAGAAAUUUAAUAAUUAUAAAAUCAUAUAUUCAUCAUAUAAAUUGAUUAUAAUAUAUAAAAUUCUGCAGAACCAAUAAUUGUAAGUAGUGAUUUUUCAUGUUAAAUUUAUUUUUUUUCAUUUAUCAAUUUAAUUCUCAUAAAAAUUUCAAAUGAAUUUUAAAAAUUUAUUGAAAAUUUUUUUAUAUAUAUUUUUUAUAUAUAUUAAAUAUGUUAAAUAUAUUUUAUAUGUAUUUUAUACAUACAUAUAUAUAUAUUUAUUUAUUUAUUAAUUAAAAUUUAAUAUGCUAUUAAUUCUAAAUCAAUUCUAAAGAUCAAAUAAAAGUAAUAAUAUAAGUAUCAACAAUACAAAUAUCAGUUAAAGCUUAUUUAUUAAAUUAUAAGCAAUUUAGUUCACAUUAGAUAAAAUAAGAUGACAACAGAAUAUGAGAGCAUAAAAAAGAUAGAGUAAUUUCACUCUAUUUCUAUCUCGUUUUGUUUAACACAAACUUUAAAUUGUUUACAAUUUAAUAAAUAAAUCUUGAUUGAUAUUUUUGUCUAUCAAUUUUUAUCAAAAUUAAUUUUUAAAAAUCACAAAUAUAUUAAUAUUCUAAUUAGAGAGAAUUCCAUUUUUUAAUUAGAAUACAUUAUAAAUAUUAUAAAAUAUUAAAUAUUAUUGAAAAAACUUUUUAAUCUAUGUUGAGAAAUUUUUAUUAAUUUAUAAUUAGGAUUUUGAAAUUAUUAAAAUCUUUUAAAUUGAUUAGAAAUUUACUUUUGUUGAAUAUAAGAUCUUUUAUCUUGUAUUUAAAAAGUCUAUUUUAUUUUUGGUUUUUUUUACUAUAAUAAUGAUAGUGUAUCAAUGAUAUUUCUGAAUUAACAUUGAAAUAAGGAACAUUUUAUAUAUAUUUUAUGUAUUUUAAAUUAUUUAAUUAAUAUAUUAAAUAAAUAUAAUUAUAAUUAUUUAAUUAUAUUAAAUCAAAUUUAAUUUGUCUAGUCAAAAAAAUAUAUAACAAUGUUAUUUAUUAUUAUAAAAAUAAAAAAUUUAUAAAUAUUUAUAAAUUUAUAUAUUUAUAAUUAUUUUUAUAAUUAUAUAUUCAUAUUUAUAUAUUAAUCAAUUAUUCUAUAAGUAAUGCAAGUAUUCAAAAAGUUUAAUAAUAAAAUAAAAAACUUAUUAAUUUCUUUGUUAUAAUGGUGUUAAUUAAUAAAUUAAAGUGGCAGAAAUAAUUAAGUUAUGAAUUUACAAAAAAAACAUAUUAGUUUGUUUAAAAUAUUAAACUAUAUUAUGUUGAACUAAGUUUUUAAUUAAUAAAAUUUUGACAAAUAAUUGUAUUCAUUUGUAACAUAUACAAUGCUAAAUCUCUGAAUGGAUAGAUAAUUAUAAUUUUUAGUAAUUUAAAAAAAUCAAAAAAAGAAUUGAAAAAUUAAUAGAUAAAUAAAAAAAUUAUUAAAAAUAAAUCGUAAAAAAUCAUAUUACUUAUAUAAUAUUCUAAUACAUUUUUAUUAUUAGCAUGAUCAAUUUUAUCUACAUAAUAUUUUAUUAAGAAUAAAAAUACAUAAUUAUAUGUAUAAUAUUAUUUUAUUUAUAUUAUAUUUAAUCUACGAUGAAAAUUUAUAUUUAACUAUAUUUGAUAAAUGGAAUAAAAAUGUUUAUAAAUAUAUAUCAUUUUUUUCAUAAUGUAUUAUUAUUUUUUUAAGAAAUAUAAGAUUUUUUAAAGAAAAUGUGUUUAUUAAAUAUAUUUUUAUAAAUACCUUUCACAUAUAAUUACUUAUACAUAUUUACAAUGUCUGUAAUUUGAAAUUUAUAAUAUCUUGAAAAAUAAAAUAUAUCUCCAAAAUAUAAUUGUCUUUAUUUAGAAUAAUUCUUAUAUAAUUUUAAUUUUAAAUAUGUACAGAAUAAAAUAAAAAUUAUUUUAAAAGUUAUUUUCUGCGAAAUUACUUUAGAUUUCAAUAUUCUUUUUGUUUAAAUAUUUUUUAUGAAUCAAUAAUUCAAUGAAUUUUUAGCAGGUUUUAUUUUCAGACUUAAAAAAUUGCCUUCAUUUUUUUUAAAUUGAAUGAUAUAUUAAUUUUUCGUUGUUUAGAUAGCUAAUAUAGUUUAAAAUAUUUUUUUCUAUUCAGAAAUAUAUUGUAAUAAAAUUCUUAUUCUAUAAGAGAGAAUAUAAAAAAAAAAAUUUAUUAGUUAGAUAUUUCGGUGUAUAUAAUGCAAUUAUAUGUUAUAUCUUAUAUAUAUCAAUAGUAUACAUAUAAAUACUUUAUUCUAUAGUUUAUAGUAUUGUACACAUGUAACGUGUAGAUAUUUAACCUUAAUCUUUCAUGAAAUUUUUAAGAUUUAUUUUGUUAUUUUUUUAUGCACAUGAGAACUAAUUUAUAAAAAUUUUUAUAAUUUUAUGAAAAAAAUAAAUAUUAUUCAAAUUUAAUUUUUAAUUAGUUAAUAAUAUUUUAUAAUAAUUAUAAUUGAUUAUAAAUACAAAAUGGCAAAAUCUCAUGUAAUAAAUAAAGCUCCUAGAAAGGAGGGAUUUAAGCGUUCUGGACACAGUAUGAAUCCUGAACGAUCUAUAGAAGGACUAAAGGGUGUAGCAAAAGUACGAACAAAAGCAACAAUUAAAAGAUUGCAAAUGUAUCGUAAUCAAAAACCAAAGCGUGAUCGUAAAGGACAUAUCAUUAGUCCAGCACCAUUUCAAGGUUGGCAACCAUCUGGUACUAUGUCUCGUGUAGAACCUUCACAAAAAUGGUUUGGUAAUUCAAGAGUUAUUUCUCAAAAUGCUUUACAAAAGUUUCAAAAUGAAUUAGGAAAAGCAAUGAAAGAUCCUUACAAUAUUAUUAUGAAACCUACACAAUUACCAAUAACAUUACUUCAACAAAAAGCUAUAAAUGCAAGAGUACAUUUAUUAGAUACAGAAAGUUUUGAAAGUGUUUUUGGUCCAAAAAAAAUACGAAAGAAACCAAAUUUGAUAAUAUCAUCAUAUGAUGAAUUACAAAAAUUGGCAAAAGAAAAGGAAGAAACAUACAAUAUGGAAAAGGAUUCUAAAGAUAUUGAUCUUAUACGUACAGAUGAUGGUAUUAGAGAAGCUCAAAGAGAUUGGAUUAUGUCUGCAGGACAAAGUAAAAGAAUUUGGAAUGAAUUAUAUAAAGUUAUAGAUUCAUCUGAUGUUAUUUUACAAGUAUUAGAUGCCAGAGAUCCUUUAGGAACUAGAUCACCUCAAAUAGAAAAAUAUCUCAAAACAGAAAAGCCUCAUAAACAUUUAAUGUUUAUUUUAAAUAAAGUAGAUCUUGUUCCAACAUGGGUAACACAAAGAUGGGUUGCAAUUUUAAGUACAGAAUAUCCAACAAUUGCAUUUCAUGCUUCUAUAACACAUCCAUUUGGUAAAGGUUCCUUGAUAAAUUUGCUGCGUCAAUUUGCAAAACUUCAUAUUGAUAAAAAACAAAUCAGUGUAGGUUUUAUAGGAUAUCCCAAUACAGGCAAAAGCUCAAUUAUAAAUACAUUAAGAUCAAAAAAAGUAUGUAAGGUUGCACCAAUAGCAGGAGAAACAAAGGUAUGGCAAUAUAUUACUUUGAUGCGACGUAUUUACUUAAUAGAUUGUCCAGGUGUAGUUUAUCCAUCAGCAGAAACAGAUACAGAAAAAGUUUUAAAAGGUGUAGUAAGAGUAGAACUUGUUCAAAAUCCUGAAGAUUAUGUUUCCGAAGUAUUAUCACGAGUAAAAGAAGAUUAUAUUCGUAAGACUUAUAAAAUUAUGGAAUGGGAUAAUCAUAUUGAUUUUUUAGAAAAAUUGGCACGUAAAAGUGGGAAAUUAUUAAAAAAAGGAGAACCUGAUAUCACUAUUAUUUCACGAAUGAUUUUAAAUGAUUGGCAACGUGGUAAAUUGCCAUUUUAUGUUCCACCUCCUGGUUUUGAAGAGCCAUUGAUAAACAUAAUGACUGACGAAUUUGCAAUUGAAAAUAAUAUUAAAAAAGAUAAUAAUAUUAAUAUAGAUAAAAUUGAGAAUACAUCAAUUGAGAAUAAAAAUCCAUCAAAAGAAAUUCUUCAAUUAUCUGUAGUACAAGAUUUUCGAAAAAUUAAAGUUGGUUUACCAUAUUCGGAUGAUGAUAUAAAAAAUGAUUUAUAUCUUGAAUCUAAUUCUUCUGACAAAAAAAAUAAUGAUAUGGAAGAAAUUGGAUCAGUUUUGUCGGAUUUAGAUAAUAAGAAUGAAGAAACCCCAUUUGAAGAAACAAUAAAAGAUAAAGAAAUUGCUCAAAAUUUAGAAAAUAAAAAUAAAAUAAAUAAAGAAUAUUCUGAUGAUGAUAUUGUUUUGUCAUUAGAAAAAGAUACUUUAUUACAAAGUAUAUAUGAUGAAGUGGAAAAAGAAUAUGAUUCUAGUGAUAGUGAAAUGUUGAACACAAAUACUAUAUCAAGUAGUGGUAUGUUUAAAAUUUCUUCCAUAUCUUCUAAAAUGGAAUCAUUAAUGGAAAAAGAAAAAAAAUUAACAAGUAAACAAAGACGAGCCAUAGAAAGAGCCAAUAAGAGAAAAAAAAUUGGAAGUAAUUUUUAUGAAAUUACUAAUGUAAAAAAUAGAAAUAGAAAUAGAAAAAUUCCUAAAAUUAAAAAAAAAUAAUUUGUAAGGAAAAGAUCAAAAUAACUAUAUUUACUAUAUUUGUUAAAUUAUAACUAUAUUUUGUUAAAUUAUUGAGUUAUUUGAAGUUAUUGAUAUCAUAUAAACUACAAUAUUAAAUUUCUUUCUUAUUUAUAUUAUAUUCUUUAAAAAUAUAUUAAAUAAAUUGAUCUAUGAAUAGCAAAAUAAACAAUAUGGAGAAUUUAAACAAAUUUAACAAAUUAUGUUUUUAAUAUAUUAAAAUUCUAUAUAUUUUAGAAAAUCCAUAAAUAAAUGAAGUAUAUAUUUAAAAUUUAUAUAAAUAAUUUUUUGAUACUUAUAAAUCAUUAUAUUAUAUAAAUUUAUUUUUUCAAUCAUAAUAGAAUACAAAUUGAUAUAUUAUGUAAAAUAUAUUUACAAAUAAAAUAAAUCUUUUGAAUAAA